GUCGCCGAGCAGGGAACCCAGAAGGAGGAGGAGGAGGAGGAGGACGAUGAGAAGUUGGUGAGGAGGUGCCUGGUGGGGGAAAAUGGCUGACUUUCUGAAAGGAUUGCCAGUUUAUAACAAAAGCAACUUCAGCCGAUUCCAUGCAGAUUCUGUAUGCAAAGCAUCGAACAGAAGACCUUCAGUUUAUCUUCCGACACGGGAAUAUCCAUCAGAACAGAUAAUUGUCACAGAAAAGACAAAUAUACUCUUGCGUUACCUACAUCAGCAGUGGGACAAAAAGAAUGCAGCAAAGAAAAGAGAUCCCGAGCAAGUGGAAAUAGAAGGUGAAAACUCCGCCCCACCUCGCAAAAUUGCCCGGACAGACAGCCAAGAUAUGAACGAGGACACUUAAAAAUUCUCUCCAGUCUUCUGUGUUAAAAUUUACAGGCGCUUCCUGUGUGGGUUUUAUUUUUUUAUUUUUUUUCUGUGUGUCUUUCAGUGUGUACACAGGCACGCACAUGUACAUACACAGUCACGCACACUUCCGUCAGCCCUCUGCCUUCCCCAUCUCUUCCUCCUGCCCUCCAUCGUGCAGCCUAUACCAUUUCUGACUUUGUAGAAGCCAACGUAUUUAUUUUGGGGACGGGGAAGGAGAGGUUUCUUUUUCCAUUUUUUUUAUUAUUUAUGCGUGCGCUGUCUCUCUCUCUCUCUCUCAUGUUCAGAGCAAAUCAGAAAGUAAUGAUGUUUAAUCUGUGAUCAGUGCUUUUUUAAAAAAAAAUGAAAAGAAUUCCAUUUUGUGGCUACCCCUUCUUUUUGAGGAAUCAGCUGCUCUCUGAAGAGGGAGCUCCAUUCACGCUGAUGGCCCCCUCCGCAUUGUGUCCUCUGUUCAUAUUAUUGAGAAUUUCCAUCUCACAAUUACUGUACAACUACUGGUGUGUCCUGACUUAGCAUUGUUUCGAUAACAGGAGGAACUCGUAAGGGGAGGGGGCUGGGCGGAAGGCUUAUUUCUUACCCAUCCUCCUCCAGGCGUGUUGCUACCUGCAUACCAUGUUCUGUUUUCCAGCAACGGUGGUGGUGGUGGGGGAUCAGGUUGUUUGCGGUGGUCUCUCUUCAGCUGACGAUCUCUGGCUGAGAUCGUACCCAUUUUGCUGGCAAAUGUUGUGUUAUCAUGUUACCUCCUUUGGCCUGUCUCCUCCCCAUGAUCCUCUGGCUCCCCCCCUCAUCCUGGGAAACUCAUUAGCACAUCGGUUGGUCGUAGAUAGCAAGCAAAAAACCCACUUGGGCUUGCCCAGGAAUCUCUUUGGCACCACUCUUUGGAUGGACCAGUUCUGUGCAACUUUUCAAGUAGAAUAAAGCGGGAUAUUUCUCACCA